AUGGCAUUGCUGAAAGUCGGCAUAAUCGGCGCCGGCGAAGUCGCCCAAGUAAUCCACCUCCCAACCCUCGCCCUCCUCUCGCACCUCUACCAAGUCGUGAGUAUAUGCGACAUCUCAUACCCCGUUGCGCAACACUGCGCGCGCAAAUUCCAUAUCCCAACUUCAACCAACGUCCCUUCCGCGGUCAUCAACGAUCCAGCCGUGGACGUCGUCUUCAUCCUGACAAGCGACGAGUUCCACGCCGAAUACACCAUCGCCGCGUUGAACGCCGGGAAGAAUGUCAUGGUCGAAAAGCCACUGACGCUAUCCCUCCCCGCGGCACAGAGGAUAGUCGACGCCGAAAGCAAAUCCAAAGGGAAAGUGUUUGUAGGCUACAUGCGCCGCUACGCACCCUCCUUCACAGGCGCGUUUAUGCGCGAAGUUGCCUCUAUUCCGAAAAUCCUCUAUGCCAGGGUGAGAGACAUGUCGGGCCCCAAUGCGUUUUUUGUGAACCAGAGUGGCACGUUUCAGGUCAAACCCGACGCCAAACAUAUCCCGGACAGCGCGGUUCAAGAGAGGAAUACACUACUUGAGGAAUUGUAUCGAGAAGCGUUUCCCGGUGCGCCCCUGGUGACGGAUGAAAUGAAGAAAUAUUGCCGCUUUCUAGGAAGUCUGGGCUCACACGACCUCUCUCUUAUGCGCGAAGCAUUGGGCGGCGUGUCCCCGCAAUCCAUCGCUGGUGUUUCGGUCAAUGACCCCUUUUACUCCGCCAUCUUCACAUUUCCAUCCUCUUCCGCGGCGGGUGAAAACUUCUCGGUAACAUACGAAAGCGGUAUCGAUACCAUCCCCGAUUUUGACGCCCAUCUCGCCAUCUACGGUUCAAACAAACGCGUGUCAAUCCAAUACGAUUCUCCUUAUGUCAAGGGAUUACCCAUUAAAGUGCGCGUGGAGGAAGUGAAUGAGUACGGCGAAAAGCAGGUGAAAGAAAUCCUGUCGAGUUAUGAGGACGCGUAUACGGCUGAAUUAACGGAGAUGUACGAGUGUUUUUUGAAUGGGCGGCCGAUCAAGACGAGUACGGAGGAUGCCAUGAACGAUUUGAGGUUGUAUGAUGCUAUGUAUAAGAAGGCUGGGUUUAUCAAUUAG